CCACUUAUUUUACGGCGAAUAGGCUGUGGCUAUAUUAUAGGAUACGUCCUCUUAGAAAUAUGGCACUCCAAAGCAAUCUCUGUUUCAAGGUCCGCCCAAUCUGUUAUCGCCACGUAACCAACCAAACAAUGCCCAUACAUCCCCCCCAUCCUUCACUGGAAGUCACGGGCGGCGCACGUGACGCAUUCCUGCCCGUUCUCAGGUCACUGGGAGACCGUCCCUACACUCCAUUUCCUGUAAUUGGUUGGAACCGCCACGUGGAGACGAUAUUCGCCGCGUUCUUUCGGUCGCUGCCUGCCGUUAGACUCAAGCGAGAGUGUCUCCGCACCAAAGACGAUGGCUCUGUCGCUCUCGAUUGGGCCUCCGGCGACCACCAACGCUUGCCUCCCGAUUCACCCAUCCUCAUUUUACUGCCAGGUUUAACUGGCGGGAGUGAAGAUAAAUACGUAAGGCACAUGUUACUUAGAGCGCGACGACAAGGAUGGCGUGUUGUGGUGUUCAACAGUCGAGGUUGUGGAAACAGUCCUGUAACCACUUCCCAGUUCUAUUCGGCCUCAUUUUUAGGAGACAUGCAUGAAGUUGUGAAACAUGUUGCCAGUAGAUACCCAACAGCUAAUUUAUACGCAGCUGGUUGGUCUCUUGGGGCCAAUAUUCUCGUUCGUUAUUUGGGUCGGGAAUCUUAUGAUUGCCGCCUUUCUGGUGCAGUGUCUUUGUGUAAUCCAUUCAAUUUGAUCAUUGCAGAUGAAGAUUUCCGUAAGGGCUUUAACAUUGUCUAUGACAAAGCUCUUGCUAGUGCUCUCUGUAGGAUUUUUAAGAAACAUGCUCUUCUCUUUGAAGACAUGGGUGGUGAAUUUAACAUCCCAUUGGCUGCCAAAGCCAAGUCUGUCCGGGAGUUUGAUGAAGGAUUAACUCGUGUUUCAUUUGGUUUCAAGUCAGUGGAUGACUACUACUCUAAUUCAAGCAGUUCUGAUUCAAUAAAACAUGUUCGAAUUCCUUUGCUUUGCAUCCAGGCUGAAAAUGAUCCAAUUGCUCCUUCAAGGGGAAUUCCUCGUGAAGAUAUCAAGGCGAAUCCGAAAUGCUUGCUAAUAGUGACACCGAAAGGUGGUCAUCUAGGGUGGGUUGCAGGUGCAGAAGCUCCACUUGGAGCGCCUUGGACUGAUCCAGUAGUGAUGGAUUUCCUGGAGCAUCUGGAGAGAGGCUCAUCUGAACCUAGUGCAGCUUGUAGCAACCCGAAAGAUCUCCAACAAAGUUCAGAAGGCCUGCAUCACCUAGAAGUAUAGCUGGCCAAUGAUUCACUAAUACAUAUAAAAUUGUAUCAGACAUAACACAUCAAUUAUCAUUUAAUCUCCAUUCAUUCAAUCUGAUACCCUGGAGCGCACAGCAACGAACGUAGAAGUGUACCGAGCAUAGUCAAAAACAGGUUUUAAUACCCAUUUGUAUAACUCUUGGAGGUCUUGGUCUUCUUUAUCAUCAACAAUAAUAUUCAGAUUCUUCUUUA